AUGUCCUCCUCUUUAGAGGACAGCGAACUGGCGAGACUGGAGAAGGAACUCCUCGACGGGCCCUCGGACUCCAAGGAAAACGAAGUGGAGAACACGAGGAAAAGAAGAAAGGACUCCACCUCUUCGGAAUCGUCUUGUUACAGCUCGUCAAGUUCUACCUCGACAUCGUCGUAUUCGGAGGACAACUCGGACGGCAACAACCCGCGCCACCGGAAGGAGGAAUCGCGGAAAAAAGGAUUCAGCACCGAAUCUCCUUUGGAAGCCAUCCGUAUUCCCAGAAGAAUCGACUUCGCAGGCGCAGUCAAGGAAGCGCCAGAAAUCGCUCGAAUGGAGUACAAGAAGCUCCGGACAAGAGUCGAAAUCGACCAAAAACUUCUGGAUCACUUCAACAAGUGUGCAGCAGGGGUCUACGUAGGCACCGAGGAUAGAUUGAGCUUCUUCGACCGCCUUCCUCUGGUAUCGUCGGGUUUGGCAGCUCCCCCGGUUUUGGAUGAAGGCUUACCAAGAAAAUCAUUCAGAAUUCAAGUCGAUGAAUCUUCGCUGAUGGCGGACGCUGAAGUGCUGCUAAACGCCCUCAAUCUAAUGGCUAUUGCUCGGAGCGAGAGUCGGGCGGGUCGCUCCCAACGCGCAGAUCUUUACAUAGAGCAAGCCAUGGAAGUGCUCUCCUUUGGUGUCGAAGCGAAUGUGACACGAAGAAGAGAAAGAUUUCUAAGGUCAUUUGGAGUCGAGCCGUUGAAAAUAGUGCACAAUUUUCACCGAUUUCCAGUCGAGGAGCCUAUUCGCUCAGCAGAUCUUCCUUGGAACGAAGUCUGUCCGGCGCUCAUAGGCCCCAAACUCACGACUGAAAUAGUGGAGAAGUCCCAAUGCAGAAAGCUCACGGAAGCCCUGGUGAAGGAAGCAAAGUCCAAGAGGACGCACAGCAAUGGAAAAAGGAUGAAGACGUUUUCAUCAAAAAAAGAGAGGAAAUCCAAGAGGACUUCGGAUGGAAGAGAAAAAGAAGCCGAAAGACGCAAAAAGCCUAAGGAUCACAGGUCAAAGAAAACGCACGCUUCGAAGAAGUAA